UUUUCGCAUGUGCGAGGUUGAUCGCCAUUAGUGCGUUUGCCAGUAAGUUCCGUGUAUUGCUAAGAAAUUUCAUUGUUAAAACUGCGGGCAGUACCCUGAAAAAGUUGCAACCGUAAUGCCGAAGAAUAAGGGAAAAGGUGGCAAGAACCGUCGUCGCGGUAAGAAUGAAAAUGAAUCCGAAAAGCGUGAGCUAAUCUUCAAGGAGGACGAGCAGGAAUACGCACAGGUCACGAAAAUGCUUGGCAAUGGCAGAUUGGAAGCGAUGUGUUUCGACGGCGUUAAGCGACUUUGUCACAUCAGAGGUAAACUGCGGAAAAAGGUUUGGAUCAACCAGGGCGAUAUCAUUUUGAUCGGCCUGCGUGACUAUCAGAACUCGAAGGCGGAUGUCAUUCUCAAGUACACACCGGACGAGGCGCGAAAUCUCAAGACCUACGGCGAGUUUCCGGAAUCGGUGCGCAUCAAUGACACAGUCACGUUCGUCGACAACGACCUGGACGACGAUAUCGAGUUCGGCGACGAGUACAGUUCGGAGGAGGAAGUCGACGCCGUCGAUGCCAUAUGAUCGGCCAGCAAACUCCAGCAAACCAGCAGCAGCAGUAAGAGCGGUAGCAGCGGCUCAGCAAAACUUUUCAGUAGCACCAAGAGCAGUUAAAUUUUUCACUUCAUUCGUGAUUUGUUCAGUAUAUCAAAAUAUUCGACAACAAAAGCCACUAGAGCUAUCAACACCAACAGCUAGAUCGAAACCAGCGGAGGCAACAUCUGGAAACUGGAAUUCCUGAAACGAGAAGGCAAAAUAUACACGCUUCGUUUUAUUUUAAACAUUUUGUUUGUGGCCUGUUGAUUCCCAGAGAUUCGUCAAUCGAUACAACCUUCUGAAGCGUUAUGUUGAAAAUAUUUUAGGUUUCCGUGAAUUUUUGAAAAUCCAAUAUAUUUAUAUAAUUACUCUUCCUAGAAACACGCAGAAGACUUGAACCACA